ACGCCCCAGAGGCAGAAACAGAACCAGAACCAGAAACUCCCAGAUUCCAGCCACAAUUGCAAAUCCCAUACACAGCCCUCCGUAUUCCAUCGGAGAAUAGGAAAGAAAAGAAAAGGCGGCGCGGCGCCAGCCAGAACUCGCAGAGCGAUUCAUCAUUUUUUUGUUUUCAUUGAAUUCGUAUCAACUCUGUGUCUCUCUUGGUUUUUGAUCUCGCAAUCAAGAGAGAGAUGAUGCAAGCUGUGGUGCUCAACCCAACUUACUGUACGGCUCAGCAAAUCUCAGAUUCCCCUUCCUCUUCUCGCCCCUCCAAGAGUUCGAGCUUCUUUGGCACCCAGGUCUCGCUCAAGCGGGGGCGUAAUCAGCUCAGGCGAAUCCCCUGCCGCUCCGUUCGGUUUCGGUCGCCUAUCCUGACGCGGAGACUAGUUGUAAAGGCUGUUGCCACCUCAGAUUCAGCCUUAGAAUUGCCGUUAACAACAGAGAAUGUUGAGCGAGUAUUGGAUGAAGUUCGACCAUAUCUCAUUGCAGAUGGGGGUAAUGUGGCGUUACAUGAGAUUGAUGGCAAUGUUGUGCGGUUGAAGCUGCAAGGAGCUUGUGGCUCCUGUCCAAGUUCUGUCACAACAAUGAAGAUGGGUAUCGAGCGUCGCUUAAUGGAAAAGAUUCCUGAAAUAGUUGCUGUAGAACCAAUUGCUGAUGAAGAAACUGGGCUUGAGCUGAAUGAAGAAAAUAUAGAGAAGCUUAUCACGCACAUGUGCCAGGUUCUUGAAGAAAUUAGGCCAUACCUUGUUGGGGCGGCUGGAGGAUCUCUUGAACUGGUGGCGAUUGAAGAGCCAAUAGUAAAAAUCCAAAUCACAGGUCCAGCAGCUGGUGUCAUGACCGUUCGAGUAGCUGUCACACAGAAACUACGAGAGAAAAUUCCAGCCAUUGCUGCCGUUCAACUUCUAUCUUAACAACACUUGGGUGCACAUAGCAGCAUCCUCAAAUAAAAAGAGUGAUUGCUCAUAAACCUGUAUAAAUAGAGUACAACACAGUGUGUACAGUUGAGCUUAGCUGAAUGCAAUUGUUCAAUGUUGUUAAAAUUAGUUGAGAGGAAAUUUUCAAGUGAAAAAUCAUUAUGCGUUGGCUAUUUGAUAUCCAUUGUUGAGCUUCAAAUUCAAUGCAUCGGCAUCUUUUGUUGGCA